AUGAAGCUAUUAUUACUGUUUGGUGCUACUUUUGUGAAGAGCCUCGCGGCGAGCCGAUUGUGCGAUCAAGAUGAUGGUCCUAGUCUCACGGUAGCAACCCUGACCGGAACGUACACUGGCCUACAGAAUUCGGAAUAUCCGGGUGUCAGAGAAUUUAGAAACAUCCCAUAUGCUGAGCCUCCGGUUGGCAAGCUCCGAUGGAAACCUCCUGUACCUCUCCGUCCUUCACGGAGCCACUAUCACUCUUCUAGAUUUCCACCUUCAUGUCCUCAAUAUUUGACCUCUCACUUAUCAUUAUGGAAUGCCAAUAUUACCGACUUCUCUAUACCUACAGGUGAUCAAAGUCACUAUGCGGGAGAAAUGGCACAGACCACAGCAGAGGAUUGCUUAAGCUUGGCAAUUUGGACCCCUAUUAACGCCACGCCGAAAGAUAAGCUACCUGUGGGCUUAUUUCUGCCGGGCGGUAGUUUCAGGGGUGGUGGCUUGGAUGCCCCCUACCAUAUACCGGCGGGAUGGGUCAACCGCAGUCAAAAGCACAUCAUGGUUACCAUGAAUUAUAGGGUUAACAUAUUUGGAUUUCCAAACUCUGCUGGGCUCGAAGAUAACGAUCUCGGCAUUUUGGAUCAGAGACUUGCGCUAGAAUGGACAUAUGCGAACAUUGAAGCUUUCGGUGGUGACUCAAGUCGUAUCACCGUAUGGGGUCACUCAGCUGGCGGAGUAUCGGCAGACGUUUUAAACUUCGCAUAUCACGAUGAAUCGCUGGCUGCCGGUUUUUUCUUGAUGUCUGGAGCGGCAAUGCGUACUUUUGCACAGGGUGAUAAUGCACUACAAACAAACUUUACAUACGUUUCUAAGGAACUUGGGUGCGAUUUUCCAGAUGACCCAAAAGCGGAGGUCGAAUGUAUGCAAAAGGUCCCAGUAAAUUUAAUUACGAACUUUAUUGGACACUAUGAAGACGAAAAGAAGAAACCAUCUUUGUUCUUUCGACCAACUGCUGACGACAAAAUUAUAUUCAAGAACUAUACAGAAAGGGCUGAGAAAGGUCUCAUGUCGAAAGUCCCAGCACUUAUUAGCGAUACAUCGAAUGAGCAAUCAAGUCUCAUUUCUUACCCUAUUGAUAACUUAAGUCAAGGUCCUAACAAGACAGACAUCGACAAAGGAACAUUGAGCGACUUUAUUUGUCCAGCAUUCAACUCUUCGAACGUCAGGGAAUUCAAUAACCUCACUACAUAUCGUUAUCAAUAUGCUGGGAACUACUCAAACUUGACUCCUUUUCCUUGGAUGGGAGCUUACCACGGAGCAGAUUUGCCCAUGAUAUUUGGAAGUUAUAACCUUACAGGUGGAGCCACGGACUUUCAGAAGCAGGUGGCAGAGACGAUGCAGGACUAUGUAUUAGCUUUCCUAGCGGAUCCGAAGGAUGGGUUGAAGUCUCUCACUUGGUUGCCAGGCAGUUCUAGAUACGGGGUUGAUGGUCCAAUGGUGAGGUUCGGAGCAGAUGACAUUAUAGUCCAAAGUAUUAACGCCUCAGACGUGGACGGUGCAUGUAUGGGGAGAGGACAUUAUAACUCACAGCCGUAGAAGUAUAACUGAGAUCCAGGUUUGUUGAUCGGAGUAUGAAAUAAAUAAA